GCACAUUGUGAAGCAGCUCUGCCCGGAUUGAUGGAGACCUGCUCCAGGAGGGACCCUCUGUGUGAACCAGUGCAGACUGCAGACUGGUCUCCUUGAUCUCGUGAAGGAAGGACCAGGAACUGAGGAGCAGACAUGAUGUGUGAAGUAAUGCCAACGAUAAACGAGGACACCCCUAUGAGCCAAAGGGGGUCCCAAAGCAGUGGCUCAGACUCAGACUCGCACUUUGAACAGCUGAUGGUUAACAUGCUUGAUGAGCGCGAUCGACUGCUUGACACAUUGCGUGAAACCCAGGAGAGUCUUGGACUUGCCCAGCAACGACUUCAAGAUGUCAUAUACGAUAGAGAUUCCCUGCAACGCCAGUUGAAUUCUGCACUGCCACAGGAGUUUGCUGCACUUACGAAAGAAUUGAAUGCUUGCAGGGAGCAGCUUUUAGAAAAGGAGGAAGAGAUCUCGGAACUCAAAGCAGAAAGGAACAACACAAGACUUUUAUUGGAGCAUCUGGAGUGCCUUGUUUCAAGACACGAGAGGUCGUUGAGGAUGACGGUGGUUAAACGACAAGCACAGUCUCCCUCAGGUGUUUCCAGUGAAGUGGAAGUUCUCAAAGCUCUGAAAUCUCUGUUUGAGCACCAUAAAGCUCUAGAUGAAAAGGUGAGAGAACGGCUGAGGGUUUCUUUAGAGAGAGUAUCUGCACUGGAAGAAGAACUUGUCGUUGCCAACCAGGAGAUUGUCGCGCUAAGGGAACAAAAUGCUCAUAUUCAGAGAAAGAUUGUUACUGGAGAAGGGACAGAUGAGGAGCCUAUGGAUGGAAUUGAGCAAGGACAGAAGGUUCUCGACAAGAGGUUAUCAAACGGUUCUAUUGAUUCGAAUGAUGAAGCCAGUCAGAUGGUGGAACUUCAAGAACUACUGGAGAAGCAGAAUUAUGAAAUGACCCAAAUGAAAGAACGUUUGUCUUCAUUGUCUGCUCGAGUUGGGGAGGUUGAGCAGGAAGCAGAAUCUGCGAGAAAAGACUUUGUAAAGGCAGAAGAAAUGAAUACAAAAUAUCAGAGAGACAUUAGGGAGGCCAUGGCUCAAAAAGAAGAUAUGGAAGAACGAAUCACAACCCUUGAGAAGCGAUAUCUCAGUGCACAGAGGGAAGCAACGUCCAUCCAUGAUAUGAAUGAUAAGCUGGAAAACGAGCUGGCAAACAAAGAAGCUAUUUUACGUCAGAUGGAAGAGAAAAACAGACAGCUGCAAGAACGUUUGGAACUGGCUGAACAGAAGCUGCAGCAGACUAUGAGAAAGGCAGAAACAUUGCCGGAAGUAGAAGCCGAGCUGGCUCAGAGAAUAGCAGCCCUUACUAAGGCAGAAGAAAGACAUGGGAAUAUUGAGGAAAGAAUGAGGCACCUGGAAACACAACUUGAAGAAAAGAAUCAAGAACUUCAGAGGGCUCGGCAAAGAGAGAAAAUGAAUGAAGAACACAACAAAAGGCUAUCUGACACAGUAGAUAGGCUUCUGACUGAAUCGAACGAACGGCUGCAGUUGCACUUGAAGGAACGAAUGGCUGCUCUUGAAGACAAGAAUAUUUUACUUCAGGACUCAGACAAUUACAGAAAACAAUUAGAGGAAUGUUUACAUGACAAGGAGAGAUUAGCAGAUGACAUUGAAAAACUUAGAGCAGAAUUUGACCAGAUGAAGCUGCGGACUGGAUCCUUGAUAGAGCCAACAUUAACAAGGACUCACUUAGACACUUCAGCUGAUAUGAGGUACUCUAUGAGUUCACUGGUAGAUUCACAGCCAGAUUACCGCUCCACUAAAGUUAUUAGGAGACCACGUAGAGGACGAAUGGGAAUAAGGCAUGAAGAGCCAAAGUCACUUGGUGAUCAUGAAUGGAAUCGAACUCAACAAAUGGGCGCCCUUACUAGUCAUCCUUUUGAAAGUGACACAGAGAUGUCUGACAUAGAUGAUGAUGACCGUGAAACUAUUUUCAGUUCCAUGGACCUUUUAUCACCAGGUGGACAUUCUGAUGCUCAGACAUUAGCCAUGAUGCUUCAAGAGCAGCUAGAUGCCAUCAAUAAAGAAAUAAGGCUCAUUCAAGAAGAAAAGGAAUCUACAGAACUGAGGGCUGAAGAGAUAGAGAACAGAGUAGCCAGCGUUAGCUUGGAAGGUCUUAAUUUAGCCAGAAUUCACCCGGGUACUUCUAUUACUGGCUCAGUGACUGCUUCAUCCUUAGCCAGCUCAUCACCUCCAAGUGGACAUUCCACGCCCAAGCUCACGCCACGCAGCCCUGCAAGGGAGAUGGAUCGUAUGGGAGUAAUGACACUACCUAGUGAUUUACGGAAACAUCGAAGAAAGAUUGCAGUUGUAGAGGAAGAUGGUCGUGAAGAUAAAGCCACAAUAAAAUGUGAAACCUCUCCUCCUUCAACACCGCGUGCUCUCAGGAUGACUCAUACUCUACCAUCUUCAUAUCACAAUGAUGCCAGAGGAAGUUUGUCUGUAACACUUGAGCCUGAUGUCCUUGGUCUAGUGAGUGCCAACAGCAGUCAAGACUCUCUCCACAAAGCUCCAAAGAAGAAAGGAAUCAAAUCUUCCAUAGGCAGACUGUUUGGUAAAAAAGAGAAGGCAAGACUUGGACAGCUGAGAGGGUUCAUGGAUACAGACCCUGCAGCACAGGAUUCUUUGGGGAUGAGCAAACUUGGAACUCAAGCUGAAAAAGACAGAAGACUUAAGAAAAAACAUGAACUUUUAGAAGAGGCCAGAAGGAAAGGGCUGCCAUUUGCUCAGUGGGAUGGACCAACUGUAGUAUCCUGGCUUGAGUUAUGGCUAGGAAUGCCAGCCUGGUAUGUUGCAGCUUGUCGUGCCAAUGUUAAGAGUGGUGCCAUUAUGUCUGCAUUGUCAGACACUGAAAUUCAGAGAGAAAUCGGGAUCAGCAAUCCCUUGCAUCGUCUGAAACUUCGCCUUGCUAUUCAAGAGAUGGUCUCGCUUACAAGUCCAUCAGCUCCUCCAACAUCAAGAACCGCCUCUGGUAAUGUAUGGGUUACCCAUGAGGAAAUGGAGAAUCUUACAGCUUCUGCCAAAACGGAGUCAGAAGAAGGAAGUUGGGCACAGACCCUGGCUUAUGGUGACAUGAAUCAUGAGUGGAUCGGUAAUGAAUGGCUGCCUAGUUUGGGAUUACCUCAGUACAGAAGUUAUUUCAUGGAAUGCCUGGUAGAUGCUAGGAUGUUGGACCAUCUUACAAAGAAAGACCUUCGAGUGCACUUAAAAAUGGUGGAUAGCUUUCAUAGAACAAGUUUGCAGUAUGGUAUUAUGUGCUUAAAAAAGUUAAAUUACGACAGAAAAGAACUGGAACGAAGAAGAGAAGUAAGCCAGCAUGAGAUAAAAGAUGUGUUGGUGUGGAGCAAUGACCGUGUCAUCCGCUGGAUCCAAACUAUAGGUCUUCGAGAUUAUGCAAAUAAUAUACUAGAAAGUGGAGUCCACGGUUCUCUUAUUGCUUUGGAUGAUAACUUUGAUUACACAAGUUUAGCACUAUUACUGCAAAUUCCAACACAAAAUACUCAGGCAAGACAAAUCUUGGAAAGAGAAUAUAAUAAUUUAUUGGCACUUGGAACUGAAAGAAGACUUGAUGAGAGUGACGACAAAAACUUCAGACGUGGGCCCUCCUGGAGGAGGCAAUUUCCACCACGAGAGGUCCAUGGAAUCAGCAUGAUGCCAGGCUCUUCAGAAACACUGCCAGCAGGGUUUAGAUUAACAACAACAUCCGGGCACUCGCGGAAAAUGACAACAGAUGCUGCUGCCUCUCCAGCAAUGCAGAGAUUAGACAGCUCUACAGUUCGAACAUACUCAUGUUGACAAAUCUAAAAAGAGCAAAGCACUGAGUUGCAGUGUCACCUUUUAACUAUCUACCUGAAGUGCACUACCUAGAAGAACUGCAGCAAGCGAACAACUGGCGAGUGCCCUGACGGCAGAAUGAGCACUGAUUUACAAUACUAAAAUGUGAAGAUAUUUUUAUGUACUGCAUUAUCAUAUGCUUAGUUUAAGACAGAGAACAAACUAUAAUUGUAAGAAGGUUCCCAUGUUCCUUAGAGGCUUCAGUGUGCACAACUUACUGAGAUGGAACCAAUUGUUUUUAUGUUCUGUUACAUCUGUUUUCCUUGUAAAAUACUAGAAAUCUUUAAGUAUUUAAUGUGUAUUUAUUUUCUGACGUGAAAGUCUUUUUAUUUUCUCAGGUGUAAAUGGUUAUAAAUAUGAUUUUUUUAAA